UAUUUGUUUGAAUCGCUAGCGUUGUGACAACUCUUUCCAAAAACGAGUGGGACAAAAAUAUCUUACAGAAUUGAAUUGAAGGAUGCUGCUCAUUUCGUUGUUCGUUAUUUUGUUACCGCUUGCAUUGUCAGGUACAGUUCAAUCUAAAUGGACAAGAAGUCUCACAGCGUCAAAGCGAUAUUUUUGUGGCGAAUCAUGUCCCGCCUCAUGCUUUCCAGCCUGCUCACCAGCUUGUUGCACACAGCUACCACCUCGUCCCGCGUGUCCUCUGCCAUGUCCAGCAACAUGUGCUCCUACUUGCUCACCUACCUGCUGUGCAGGGCCACCCGGUCCUCCUGGCCUUCCUGGUUGUCCAGGUGUACCUGGAUGCAAGGGAUGGUCUGGUCCACAGGGUCCACCAGGCUGUAUGGGCCCACCUGGACAACCUGGUUGCCCCGGUCUACCCGCACCACCUUCACAAUGUGCUCCAGUUUGUAUACAUCAUUGUAUGAAAAUCUGUCCCCUACCAUGUUGCAAACCUGUGCCACCACCAUGCCCGUGCCCUCCCCCACCCCCACCGUGCUACACAUGUCGCAUCCCACCACCUCCUCCACCAAGUCCAACUUGCUGCCCAGUCUUAUCCCAACCAUGUCCCUGCCCACCACCACCACCACCAGUAUGUGGACAACAAUUUCCCUGUCCUCCACCACUACCACCACCACCUCCUGCAGUGUCUUGCUGUCCAAACAAGUGCAAAUUCAUGGAUUCAAAAAUUUUAUUUCUUGUCGUAGCCACAAUUUUUGUCUUGGCUGAAGCCAGAUACUAUAAAAGAGAGGCAAUUCCCUGUGGUUAUGGUUGUCCAGGAUAUUGCGCACCAGCGUGUGCCACAGUGUGUUGCAGGCCACCACCUCCUCCACCUCCACCACCUCCUCCACCACCCCCACCACCACCACCUCCUCCAGGUCCACCUGGUAUAAAUGGACAUGAUGGACCACCAGGAAUGCCCGGACCUUCUGGAAUGAAAGGUCCACCGGGGGAUCCCGGUCCAAUGGGAAUGCCAGGUCCUCCAGGUCCCCCAGGAGAGCCUGGUUUACCGUCUGAUACAAGAGAAGCUAAUCCAUGUCCUCCGGGAUGUCCAGGCUACUGUGCACCAUCAUGUGCUGUGUCGUGUUGUUCACCACCUCCACCUCCACCACCUCCACCACCACCACCACCUCCUCCCCCACCUCCUCCAGCACUUCCAGGUCCACCAGGUCCAUCAGGUAACCAAGGUCCACCGGGAGUUCCCGGACCACUUGGUCCACCAGGUGAAGCCGGACCACCAGGACCUCCUGGCCCACCAGGUCCACCCGGGUUGCCCGGUGACCCAGCUCCACCCCCACCCCCUCCCCCACCAUGUCCACCAGUUUGUGCUCAUACCUGCAUAAGCUCUUGCCCAGGAUGGUGUUGCCAUGGACAACUCGCCGAUCUCAGUUUAUGCUUGUGUACCAAAUAUCAGAACUUAUUCUUGCGUGCCAAGAUGGAUUUCAAGUUAUCUGUCGGGUUUCUCCUGGUGUUGGUCUCUUGCGCAGCGGCAAAAAGCCCAUUUUUGUAUAAAAGAAAUGCUAGACCAUGUGGCGGGGGAUGCUCAGCUGUAUGCGCACCUGCUUGUACUCAUCAUUGUUGUUAUCCUCCUCCACCUCCACCACCUCCUCCACCACCAGUUCUUCCACCGCCACCACCAGGUCCACCUGGUCUUGAUGGUCCUAUGGGGAUGCCCGGUCCAAUGGGGCCUGAUGGUCCAAAAGGUCCACUUGGUAUGCCAGGUCCUCCAGGCCCACCAGGCCAACCUGGCCAGCCAGGGGCACCAGCUGGUCCACCCGGAAGAGACGGUCCACCGGGACCACCAGGUGCAUCAGGACACCAAGGUCCACCAGGAGACCCAGGCAUCAUGGGUCCACCAGGACCACCAGGACCUCAAGGAAGCCCAGCGCCUCCAGGACCUCCUCCACCUUGCCCACCAAUAUGCGCACAUACGUGCAUCAGAGCUUGCCCUCAACCCUGUUGUCACGGACGUUAAAAAUAACGUUUACUUUAUCAAACGGAUUUUAAUUUGUUUGGAAAAUUCAUUAAUAAAAUUCCUCAGAUAAGUAGUAGGAGCUGUAAUCACGUUGCAGAAUUGCAUAGUAAUAAAAAAUAGAAAAUGUAA